UGAGAUGGGAAGCUCCACCUGCACCAAGGAGCACCAGAAUACUUUCACUUUGUCCACACUGAGGACUGAAACCUGUCACUCAAACCUGACGAUGGCCAGCAAACAUCCCGUCUAUGGUGCUACAGCAGCAACACCAGUCUCAACUUUGCAGGAUCGAUCCACUCCACUCUCCAAUACGUCCCUUAACGAAACAUCGAACAGCUCGUUCAACCUGGUCGCAGGAGCGAUGCCACGAGCCACUGAGGAGCUGAGGAUUGUGCUGGUGGGGAAGACUGGAUCUGGGAAGAGCGCCUCAGGAAACACCAUUCUUGGCCAUGAGCCCUUUCAAUCAGGGAUGAGCCCCACGUCCAUCACUGACAAGUGCUUCAAGGCCAGAGAAAUGGUGGAUGGACAAGACGUGGUGGUUCACAUCAUGCCUGGGUUUGACACCAGGCAUGAUGUGAACACAUGUAGACACAUCAGCCAGUCCAUCUAUUACGCUUCUCCAGGACCCCACGUCUUCCUGAUCGUCAUCGGAUUGGGCAGGUUCACGGAGGAAGAGAUGAAGACAGUGCAGCAGAUUCAGGAGCUGUUUGGUCAGGCUGCAGACAGGUACAGCAUGGUCCUGUUCACUCGAGGCGACAACCUCAAAGGAACCACUAUCGAGGAGUUCAUCGGGGACUCCCCAGAACUGCAGGAUCUCGUGGGCAGAUGCCACGGCCAGUACCACGUCUUUAAUAAUGAACUGAAGACUGGCCCUCAGGUCACUGAGCUGCUUCAGAAGAUCAGAAAUAUAGUGAGGAACAAUAGAGGAAGCCAUUACACCAGCAAGAUGUUCCAGGAAGCAGAAAGAGCAAUUGAAGAGGAGAAACAGCGCAUCCUAAAAGAGAAGGAGGUAGAAAUGCGCAUUGAAAAUGUGCAACUGAGGAGCGAAAUGCAAGCAGAAUUUGAAGAAAAGCUGAAGGAUCUUGAGGAGAGAAACAGGGAGAAGCAAAAUAUGGAGCUGGUGGUGGCGAGGGAGUGUCAGGACAGGGAGCAGAUGCAGGAGGAGAUGCAGAAUAUGUUUAAGGCGUUAAGCAUGCAGAACAGUCAGAACAUGAUGGCGAUGCAGACUCAACAGCAGCAGCACCGAUGGGAGUUAGAAAGGCUGAAGAUGGAGAUGCAGCAUAGAGAUGAUGCAGCGAGGAAGGAGAGGGAGCUUGACAGAGCUCGAUGGGAAGCAGAAAAUGCCAGAUUAUUAAAGGCACAGUAUGAAAGCGAUCUGAAAGAAAAGGAGAAAGCUUUGGAGGAGAUGCGUCAAAGAGAGGCCACAAAAAAAGCUGAAUUACUGGCAAUCAGUCAACGGAGGCUGGAAGCCACGGAGAGAGCUUUGCAGGAGAUGCGUCAAAGAGAGCCCAGUAGAAUAAUUUGCAGUCUUAUGCUACGUCAGUCUAUAUCGGGUUUGCUUCUGCAAACAGACCCUACUCCUUUCCUGGCCUCUUGGACCAGAACCUUCGCCUGCAUCUCCACCGAGGAGCACCAGAAUAUUUUCACCUUCUCCACGCUGAGGAUUGCGCACUUCAACCUGACGAUGACCAGCAAUUUCGUCGAUGGAGCGAUGCCACGAGCCACUGAGGAACUGAGGAUUGUGAUGGUGGGGAAGACUGGAGCUGGGAAGAGUGCCUCAGGAAACACCAUUCUUGGCUGUAAGUCCUUUCAAUCAGUGAUGAGCUCUAAGUCUAUUACUGAUGAGUGCUCCAAGGCCAAAGCGACGGUGGAUGGACAAGACGUGGCGGUUAUCGACACCCCGGGUCUGUUUGACACCAGCAAAGAUGAAGACACAAUAUCUAGAAACAUCAGCCAGUGCAUCUCUUACGCUUCUCCAGGACCCCACGUCUUCCUGAUCAUCAUCGGACUGGGCAGGUUCACUGAGGAAGAGAUGAAGACAGUGCAGCAGAUUCAGAAGCUGUUUGGUCAGGCUGCAGACAGAUACAGCAUGGUCCUGUUCACUCGAGGCGAUGAUCUCCAAGGAACCACUAUCGAGGAGUUCAUCGGGGACUCCCCAGAACUGCAAGAACUCGUGGACAGAUGUCACAGCCAGUACCACGUCUUUAAUAAUAAGCUGAAGACUGGCCCUCAGGUCACUGAGCUGCUUCAGAAGAUCAGAAACAUAGUGGAGGAUAACGGAGGAAGCCACUACACCAACGAGAUGUUCCAGGAAGCAGAAAGAGCAAUCGAAGAGGAGAAACAGCGGAUCCUGAAAGAGAAGGAGGCAGAAAUGCGCAAGGAAAAAGAGGAACUGAAGCAAGAAAUGCAGGCAGAAUUCGACGAAAUGCUCCAGAAGGUGCAGGGAGAAAGUGCAGCACAAAUAGCCGAAUUAAAGGCACAGAAUGAAAGAGAGUGGAAAGCCAGGGAGAUCGCUUUGGAGGAGAGGUAUGAAAGAGAUGCCAGACAAAAUGCUGAAAGAAGAAAUCCAGUGGGUGGAUUAUUUGGUUUCCUGUGUGACACAGUGGGCAGCGUUGUCAACCCAGUGGCCAGAACACUGGGCGGUGCAAUCGGCAGCGUAGCGGGUGGUGUAGCUGGAGCAUUCGACAGCACGAGAAGGCUUUUUCGCUAUUACCAGGAAUCACAUGGCAGGCUAGGGGAGGCGUUUUGGAGCAGAAUCUCCGCCAGCUCUGCCCCAGAGGAACACCAGAAUACUUUCACUUUCUCCAAGCUGCGGAUCGGUCCCUUAAACCUGACAAUGUUCAGCAGAUAUCCGGCCUACGGAGGCAGCAGUGGCUCAGCUGGUACAGCAGCACCAACCUCAAGUUUUCCUUAUCAAUCCACUCCACGUGCUACAACGUCCAUGAGGGGCACACAGAACCGUUCAUUCAACCCGUUUAACGGAGCAAUGCCACGAGCCACCGAGGAGCUGAGGAUUGUGCUGGUGGGGAAGACUGGAUCUGGGAAGAGCGCCUCAGGAAACACCAUUCUUGGCUGUGAGUCCUUUGAAUCAGUGAUGAGCCCCACGUCCAUUACUGACGAGUGCUCCAAGGCCAGAGCAACGGUGGAUGGACAAGACGUGGUGGUUAUCGACACCCCGGGUCUGUUUGACACCAGGCAUGGGGUGAGCACAAUAUGUAGACACAUCAGCCAGUGCAUCUCUUACGCUUCUCCAGGACCCCACGUCUUCCUGAUCGUCAUCGGAUUGGGCAGGUUCACGGAGGAAGAGAUGAAGACAGUGCAGCAGAUUCAGGAGCUGUUUGGUCAGGCUGCAGACAAGUACAGCAUGGUCCUGUUCACUCGAGGCGAUGAUCUCAGAGGCAGAACUAUCGAGGAGUUCAUCGGGAGGUCCCCAGAACUGCAGGAUCUCGUGGCCAGAUGCCACGGCCAGUACCACGUCUUUAAUAAUAACCUGCAGACUGGCCCUCAGGUCACUGAGCUGCUUCAGAAGAUCAGAAAUAUAGUAUGGAAUAAUGGAGGAAGCCAUUACACCAGCGAGAUGUUCCAGGAAGCAGAAAGAUUAGUCAAUGAGGAGAAACGGCGCAUCCUGAUUGAGAAGGAGGCAGAAAUGCGCAUUGAAAAGGAGCAACUGAGGAAUGAAAUGCAAGCAGUGUACGAAGAACAGCUGAGGAAUCUUAAGGAGCAUUUCAAGGCUGAAAGGAUGGAAGACAAGAGGGUCAGAGAAGAGGAAAAUCAAGCAAUGCAGACCAGGUUGGCUGAACUGACAAGGGAGGGUGAGAGGUUUAUCAAUGCAAAGGUGGAGAUGGAGGUGGAGAGGCACAGGGGGAAGCAAAAUAUGGAGCUGGUGGCGGCAAGCGAGCGUCAGGACAGGGAUCAGAUGCAGGAGCAGAUGCGGAAUAUGUUUAUGGCGAUAAGCAUGCAGAAUCAGCAGAACAUGAUGGCGAUGCAGAAUCAACAGCAGCAGCACCAGUGGGAGUUAGAAAGGCAGAGAAUGGAGAUGCAGCAGAGAGAAGAAUCAGCAAAGAGGGAGAGGGAGCUCGACAGAGCUCGAUGGGAAGCAGAAAAAGCCGAAUUAUUAAGGGCACAGUACGAAAGAGAUCUGAAAGCCAAGGAGAAAGCUUUGGAGGAGAAGUAUGAAAGAGAGGCUAGAGACAAGGCUGAAAAAAGAAAUCCAGUAAAGGAAUUCUUUUGCAACGUAGCAGAAACUGUUGUGGACAGAGCAGUUGGAGUAUGGAACAAGGGUGUCAGCUUUGUUAAAGGCUUAUUUAGUUAGUUUAGAACACAUAGACGUACACUAUAUUGCCAAAAGUAUUGGGACGCCUGUCUUUACACACGCAUGAACUUUAAUGACAUCCCAUUCUGAAUCCGUAGUGUUUAGUAUAGACUUGGCCCACCCUUUGCAGCUAUAACAGCCUUAACUUUGUUCAGGCUUUCCACAAGGUUUAGGAGUGUGUUUAUGGGAAUUUUAGACCAUUCUUCCAGAAGACAGAUGUUGGACAAGAAGGCCUGACUAUCAUCCAUGUCUUUGUUGGCCUCCUUUGUGCACUGGUGCAAAGUCAUGUUGGAACAGAAGGGGCCCUCCCCAUCUGUUCCCACAAAGUUCCCAAAAUGUCUUGGUAUGCUGUAGCAUUAAGAGUUCCUUUCGUUGGUACGAAGGAACUAAUCCCCCCUCCACCAAACUUUACACUUCGCAGAGUACAGUCAGGGACGUAGCUUUCUCCCAGUAACCUCCAAACCCAGACUGGUCCAUCGGAUUGCCAGACAGAGAAACGUGAUUGGUCAGUCCAGAGAAGAAGUCCACUGCUGCUUUACACCACUGCAUCCGAUGCUUUGCAUUGCACUUGGUGAUGUAAGGCUUGGAUGCAGCUGCUCGGCCAUGGAAACCCAUUCCAUGAAGCUUUCUACACUGUUCUUGAGCUAAUCUGAAGACCACAUGAAGUUUUGAGGUCUGUAGCUACUGACUCUGGAGAAAGUUGGUGAUUUCUGCUCUGUGACUUUUGGCCUACCACUUUGUACCUGAGUUGCUGUUGUUCCCAGUUGCUUCUACUUUGUUGUAAUACCACUAACCGUUGACCGUGUAAUAUUUAGUACUGAGGAAACUUUACGAAUGGACUUUUAUUGUACAGGUGGCAACCUAUCAUGGUGCCACGCUGAAAUUCAGAGCUCCCGAGGGUGACCCAUUCUUUCACAAAUGUUUAUAGAAGCAGUCUGCAUGCCUCGGUGUUUGAUUUUAUACACCUGUGGCCAUGGAAGUGAUUGGAACACCUGAUUUCAAUUAUUUGGAGGGAUGUUCCAAUACUCUUGUCAAUAUAGUGUAGAUAUCAGAGUCAAUGCGGGGGACAGUCGUAACAACACAUGCAUGUCUACCUGCAGUUAUUUAGAAAAAUGGCCACGAUGUUCACUUGUGCCUGAAUUUAGUCUUAUUAUUGUUCACGCAAGCAUUGUUAACUCUGUAUGUCUAUAAUCUGUAGGCUGUAAUAUUAUAUAAAUAGCGAAACAAGUUGAUGCCUUUGUGUGAAAUUGUGAAGCCUCUGACCAUGCAAAAAAAAAAAACCCACAAAGACAUACACAAACAUGUACAAGACACAAAAUGGCCACAAAGAGACAGACAAGGACUAUGAUGGUGUGAAAAAGUACCACAAAUACUGACAAAAUGAUCACAAAAUUACUGCAACACGAUUAGGAGAUACAAAAUGACCACAAAGGGAAACAAAUCAACCUGUUUAUGAAGGAGUUAAUACGUGAACUGAUAUUAAUCUGAUCAGUUUGAUUGAUGACCCAGAGACAGUCCAGAAUCUGAAAUAUUUAAUUAUUGCCAGACUUAUAUGGAAAUUUUACCCAUUUUUAGAUUUUCUGUAUAAAUUCAUGAGUCUGGAGACCUGAUGGAGUUGAAAUGCUGCAUCUUUUCAGCUCAUUCAAUACUUGGAAGCUUAAAGUUAUUGUGUGCAGCAGCAGCCAAACAAUCUGCAGGAAAAACACACUCACUGCUAAGAACUGGAAGCUUGCGUCACAAGAUCUCAAUGUGGACCAGUUUAUAUUGUCUCCAUAUAAGGACAGUAAGCUGCUGCUCACAUUGCUGGAUGUGCUGGGUGUGGUUUGUAUUCUGCAGUGGGGGGGAAAGUAAUAACAGAGUCUGGUGGGACACUUCAAUUAGGACUGAUUUCGUUACUUUAAACCCAUAGAUGUAGAUUUCGAGGCCGAUGCAGGAGACAAUAUUUAGGACAAGUGCAUUUGUCUCCCCCUUUAUUAUGAAAAUAAAUUACACCAAUGUCCACAUUUAGUACUAUAUCUCAUUAAGAGUGUUUUUUUCAUACACUUCAAUUGAAUAUAGUCAGACAUAAAGUCUAAGCAACUUUAACAUCACAAUGUCACCCUGCAUGAAGUAAAAUUCAUCAUUUUAAACCAAAAUGGAUUUCUGAUGACUAUAAAUGAUUGUUUGGUCCUCUUGCAGCCACAUUUAUCCAGUCCUCUCUGUAGAUUCUGAUGAGGUUUAAUCCAUGUACACGAGGUGGCUGAUGGUCGCCACACUUCUGAGUCUGAACCUUUGAGACAAACUGACUCAGGGGAUAUACGAAGUGAGUCUCUGAAGAAUCCACAAACACCACUAAUGUGACAUCAUUGUGUAUGUUAAUUAAGUGUGCUGUCAUUGCUUAUGCAAAAGGUUCAGUUGUUGUAUAAGUUACACUGGAUCGAGACAGAAGUUGGGAGUCGUUGCGAGGUGGUCACUCGUUGCAAGCCAGGGUAGAAAUGCUCUGAGAAAAGGGGAUUUAACCGCAUAGCUCGGACGGGGGAUUCAACAUGAUCUGCAAAGGAAUAACUGUUCUACUGGAAGAAUGGACUGAAGGAGUGCUCUUUCUGCACUGUUUGAGGAUUAAGAAAGACUGUGAUCUAAAAAUAACGCUGACUGAAGGAACAUUACUGAACUCUACUAUUUCCGAGAGGAACAACACCAGAAUGGAUUGACAAGGUUUUUACUGGCCCUAAAUGACAAAAAUGGAUACAAGCAGAUCUAAAUCUGGACCGAACCUCCUCCACUUCCCCCUGGAGCCGGUGAGCCUCGGAGGCUCGUCGGUCUUCAGGUGAGCCGCUGGGUGCGCACACCGUCUGCUCUCCCCCUCCAAAUUACAUAGUCUGGGUGAUUAUUACUUUUCGUAGAUAAAAGCAUAGUUCCGCUUAUGAGUCAGGUUAAGCAAUUGGAAUAAUAUUGAUGUUUGAUUAAUUGUCUGAUGAUUUAAGAGCUUAUGCUACGCCCUUGCCGAAACUAUAAUAAAACAUUUAUCUUGCAAUUAAA